AAUCACUAUAAUAUCUGUCCAUUUUGUUUGGUUUUUAUUUAUUCAAUUGAAAUUUGUUUAGAUUGGAAUAGGUCUAUUAAUUACAAAACUUAUUUUUACACUCGUACUUUUGAAAAGUCUAUUUGUAUUUAGACUUUCGGGCGUAUUUUAAACAUGGCGUUAACUAAUGUGCUCUUGUUGAGUCAGAUAGCAGGAUAUGUGAUUGGUUUCAUCCUGUCUCUUUGUAUUAUUGUACCGCUGAGUAUGCAUCAGGAUGAAUUUAGCGGUCACUGCCUGUUGUUUUCAAGAGGAGACUGGCAGGAGGACGGCCAGCUGUUAGUGAAGUGGGCAUCACGAGCGUACUGUGAUUAUAUUAUUGUAGUCGGAGUGCUCAUGUUUAUUAUUUGCUUGGUGCAGAUUUACAGGUUAUCAAUGUUCAUGUAUAAGGGCUUGGACAGUUCCUUCCUCUCAGCGUUCAUAGAGGCAGUCGGCUGCGUGAUACUGUGUGGCCUCACAGUGGCCGCUGCUGUGAUGGUCACCCUCGGCUUCAUGACCUGGUGCCAGAACAUUGUGGAGCGCUUCCCAAGUUGCGAGGAUGCAGCUGGUCAGAACAUAGACAGCAAGGACAAUAUAUCCACAAAUGGAUUCUAUGUGGAAAUAGGCACAGCACAGUUCGGCGCGUGGGGCGCGUUCGCGACGUGGGUGGGGCUGGCGGUGUUCUCGACGCUGAAGGUGUGCCGCUACCACCAGCUCGAGAACAUCCAGGUGUCCAUGUACCGCGAGCGGCAGCGGCUCGUCAACGAGGGCGACGCCGCGCCCGCGCUCGCCGCCGACGCCGACGCCGAGGGCCGCAGCACGCCGCCGCGACCCGCCUCGUAAGCCCACCCAUGACAUUGUAACCUGUGAAUAAAAGUGAACUACAUGCGAGGGGGCGCGUCAAGGCCCCAGAAGUGCGUCAAGAACUGAUUGCGGAAUGAAUGUGAUAUUAUUGUAUUAUAUGUACUCAUCUAGUUAUAGCUUAUCAAUAUUUAAAUGCAACACCCAUUUGUAAAACAACAUUUCAAAUUAAUUUAACCUUUAAAAGCCUGAUUUUUUAAAUUAAAUUAAAAAAUAUAUAAGUGUAUCCUUUACUGUGUUUACUAAUGGGGAAAAAUAGUAAAAAAAUCAAAACAAUAUUUUUAUAUAUUUAUUUUGAAAAAAAAAAACAUUUGGUAUAAUUUUUGACACUUUAGGCAUUACGGUAAUCAAAAUAUUUAAAUUUAUUUAACAAUGAAACAAUGCAAACCCCGGUAUCAAAUUUAAAACUUCAGGUAUUUAAGGGUUAAGACACAGCAUACACUGUAAUUAAAUGCAGACGGUUUAGAAUGGCUGAUAUUUUCAUAUCAAACCAUGUAUAAAAUAUAAAUACGUAUUGCAAGAAUCCGCGGAAUAUAUUUCGUACCCAGUUUACUAGAAAAAAAAAAUGUAGUAUUUUAAUCAACCAGUGAUAUUACUUGAAAAUAAAAUUUAAUUUAGUAAAAUAUUUAAAAAAAGAACACCUCUACGCACGUCACGUCACGUCAGAUUUGUAAAAAGAACGGCUUGAUAUCACUUGCAUUUAAUCACCGUGCGUGCUGAGUGAGCAAGAUGAAUUUAUAACUUUAUAUUAAUUCUAUUGCUAUUUUUUUAUUUGUAUGGACUAGGACCUACACAUGUUUUAAGUAUGUUUUGUUCCGAACUGAAUAUUUAAUGCAAAAAAAAAAAAAAAAAAAUAGAAUAUUUUAAUAGUUAAAAUUUGACCUUUUAUGAAAUGGUUAAGUAACUAAAAAUCUACUUUCCUUCGGCAUUGUAGAACGUUGGUGAAGUACUAGACGUAAAUAUAUAGCAAGAGUUAACAAUAUAUAUAUAAAAAAAAAGUAAUUUAAUAUUUAAAUGUAUAUUUGAUCUCAUAACUCAGCAUUUUAGUACAACAAAAUUAUAUCAAUUGUCGGAUGAUAGCAGACCGUACAAAGUCGCUGUUGCCAUUUGCAGUACACUCGUCAAUGUAUAUGCUAAGUACAUGUUGCCACAUGUGAUUACAGUACGCCGAUAACUCUGUAGUGAAAGUUUUUCUUCUUAUUUGGUAAACAAUAUUACUGAUAAACAGGAAAAUUUGUUUAAUAUUGGAGUAGUUUUCAGCAGAGCAAAGGGGGGGGGGGGGGAGAAGGUGUAACACUUGACUAUAUCAUUAUAGGAUUGGCCAUGUAUAAUCCACCGAUGUAAAUUUACUAGUCGGUUAAUAUUACACUCUCAGUGCGAGAAGGCUCAGACUUGAAUUUGGAGGGUUUUUUUUUAAUGGAUGAUAAUGCAAUGGUAUGGCCCGCCUCCGCUAAUGGUAUACACUGGCAAGGCACCAGUGUCCACUUUGCUCUUUAAAAAAUCGUCAUGUCGUAUAAGAUGGCCCAGCAUUUUGCCUCUUCUACCAUACUACAACAUGCAAAAUAUAACAACUCACUACAGGGUUGUCGACGUGUUAAAAUUGUUACGUUUAAAGAGUUUAUUGUUUUGUAUUUGUAUAUACUUGAAUUCCAAUCAGAACUAGUAUGAUGUAAUUAUUAUGUUAUACAUUUAAUAAGAGGAAAUAAAAGAAAUAUAUGUACAA